AUGCUAAAACAAAUGAUAAUAAAAGACAAAGUUCAAAAAAAUUUACUAAAAGAUUCAGGAUAUGAAAAUGAUAAAUUUUUUGUUAACCCCCAUAAUGGCGAUAAGGCAAAUAUAUUACAGGAAACUCGUGUAUUUUCAAGUUAUCCUUUAAAUAUUCAAAAAUGUUUAAAUAUAUUAACAAAAAUAUUAUACUUAAUUAAUAAAAAUGAAACCAAUUUAACAUCCCAAGAAUGUACUGAAAUUUUUUUUAGCAUUACAAAAUUAUUUCAAUCAAAUAAUGAAAGGUUACGAAGGAUGGUAUAUUUAGUUAUUAAAAACUUGCCAGUAAAUGAAAAAGAAGUUUUUAUUGUUACCAGCUCAUUAACAAAAGAUAUGAAUUCCUCUAAUGAUUGCUAUAGAGCUAAUGCAAUUCGAGUUUUAAGUCAAACUAUUGAUCCAUUAUUAGCUGCGCAAAUAGAAAAAUAUUUAAAAACAUCAAUUGUUGAUAAAAACCCAUUUGUUUCUUCUUCUGCUUUAUUAUGUGGAUUAAAUUUAUUUAUUAACACAUCUAGUGAUAUUGUCAAAAAAUGGAUUAACGAAGUUAGUGAAUGUGUAAACAGUAAACAUCCUAUGAUUCAGUUCCAUGCUUUAACACUAUUAUGCUCAAUUAAAUAUAACGAUAAAUUAGCUUUAGAAAAAAUUAUAAGCUCAUAUAGUAAACAUUCAUCUAAUUUAUUAGGAUCAUUAGCAAAUUGUCUACUUAUAAAAUAUGCAGCACAUCUAAUAUAUCAUACAGAAAAAGGUGAUGACAUUUUAAAUGCAAAUAAUAUAUCUGUUACUUAUAAUAAUGUUACACAAAACAUUAAUAAUACAAAUAAUCAAAAUAUACACCCAACUACUAAAGUUUGUUUUGAUUUUCUUAAAUUAUGUUUGAAAAAUAAAGAUACAACUGUAUUAUAUGAAGCUGUUAAAUCUAUUAUUGAUUUAGCAACUUAUGAUAUAAAUGGAAAGAAUAGUACAACUGUAUUUAAUGUUGAAAUAUUAACAGAUUGUUUAAAAGUUUGUAAACUUUUUUUAUUAUCAACAAAAGUAAUUGAAAAAUUUUGUAUAAUUAGGAAAAUAAAUAAAUUAUCACAUUUUCGACCUACAAUUAUUUCUAAAUUAAAUGAAGAUAUAGAACCUUUACUAACUGAUGAAAAUAAAAAUAUUUGUGUUUUAGCUUUUACGACUUUAUUAAAAACAGGAAAUGAACAAAAUAUUGAUGAGUUAUUAAAUCAAAUUAAUACUUAUAUGAAUACUGAUAAUAAUAGCUCAUUUAAAAUACAAAUUAUACAAGAAGUUAAAAAUUUAUGUUUUAUAUAUCCAAAUAAAUCAAAAGUUAUUCUAAAUUUUUUAUCAAAUAAUUUAAGAGAUGAAGAAUCAUAUAAAUUUAAAUCUACUAUUAUAGAUGCAAUCAUACAUAUAAUAACACAAAUACCAAAUACAGAAGAAAAUGCAAUUUUACAAUUAUGUGAAUUUAUAGAGGACUGCGAAUAUAACUCUCUACUUUUAAGAGUUAUACGAUUUUUAUUAUUGUAUAUUCCUAAAACAAAAAACCCUUCUAAAUAUAUUCGUUAUAUUUAUAAUAGAUUAAUAUUAGAAAGCUCUACUAUACGAGCAGAUGGAAUCUAUGCUUUAUUUUACAUUGCUUUAAAAUGUCAAAACAAUUCAAAGGAUAUUCUAUUCUUAUUUAAAUGUUUAUUAGUCGAUAAUGAUGACGAAGUAAGGGAUCGAACCAACCUCUUUUAUUACAUUCUCAAAAAGAAGAUUCAAAACAUGAAAAACGAACAAAAUGAAACCCUUGAAAACCAAAUAAUAUUUGAUAAUAACUAUUUGGAUAUCGAAAAAAUAAUUGUUGGAAUUUCAAAUCAUAUGCAAAAUAAUUUAGAAACAGAAUUUGAUCACGAAAAAAUUAAAGAUGAUUUAUUAUACACAACAGAAUUAAACAAUGAAGGAUUCAGAUUAUCUCAAAAUAUUUAUUCAAAAAAAAAAUCGUCUUAUUUUGAAUUGCAAAAUAAUACAUCUAAUAUUCCUAAAUUUGUUGAACAUCUAACUGAUCAAGUAUAUAUCGAAAAUAUAUCACCAUUUAUUGAAAAAUAUAACAUGGGUACAUUAAAAUUAAUAACAAAACAUACUCCUUUAACAGAAACAGAAGCAGAAUAUACAGUUUUUGUAAAAAAAUAUAUAUAUAUUAACUACAUUGUUCUUGGAUUUACUAUAAAUAAUACAUUAAAUGAUCAAAUAUUAUCGAAUGUUAAUCUACAAAUUAAUUCCUAUGAAAAAAAAUGGACUAUUCUUGAAAAAACAACUAUAAAAAAUUUACACUAUAAUCAGCCACAAAAUUUGUAUAUUUUACUUAAAAAAAAUAUACCUUUUAACAAUUCAUUUAAUUCUGUUGAUUCAAAUUCUGAAUCAAAUAUUAAUUAUUCGACUCAAAUUGAUGAUAAUGAUGGGUUUGAUGUUAAUGAAACAUUCCAAUGUUCUUUACAUUUUUAUGUUAAAGAAGAUGAAAUAGAUGAUGGAUAUCCAGAUUCAUAUUCUAUAAAUAAUUUAAAUAUUCAAAUAACUGAUUUUAUAAUCCCAUAUAACUUAAGAAAUUCAGAAUUUAAAAUGUUAUGGGAUAAUAUGAGUCAAUAUAAUUCAGAAUAUACAAGCAAAUUUAGUUUAAAUUUUGAAAAUAUUCAAUUAGCUGUUUCGGGAUUAUUAAAUAUCUUAAAUAUGUCACCCUGUGAUAAUACUAAUAUUGUUGACCCAAGUUCAAAUACACACAAUAUGUUAUUAUAUGCAAAAUUUUUAAAUCAAUCAAAUGUCUUAUGUAUGGCAUCUUUAAUUAUUUCACAACAAUAUGGUUGUCUUUUGAAAAUUAUUACAAGAUCUACAAAUAAACAUCUUUCAGAAAACUUGAUAAAAUCUCUGGAAUAA